ACCCUUGGGAAGCCGCAUAUCCCUCUCCUCCAGAAUACGUUUUCUUAAGGACUUGAUUCUUCUCUUUCUUUUCUCUUUAAGGAACAUCCAGAGACUAUCCUUAAACCCUUGAGAAGCCGCAUAUCCCUCUCCUCCAGAACACGUUUUCUUAAGGACAUGAUUCUUCUCUUUCUUUUAUCUUGAAGGAACGAAUUUAGGAACUAGGAAUCCCUCUAACAGUGCAAUAUAUGAAGGAAAAUUUCAGAGUUGCUGCUGCUGUUUCCUCCUAAAUUCGCGACUUGUCUGCAGUGUGAGUGUGUUCUUUUCCAAUUUUUUCUGGUGGAUUUCCCUAACUCUUUCUCCGUCUCUGCUCGAUUUCCAUAGACACCAGUUUCCAACUCCUCAACAAAAGACUUCGAGCAGGAGAAAGCAGUACUGAUCUUCAGGUUCUACUCUUGAUCUUAUCCUGGUUCCACCCCUGCCCAAUUAACAACUGAGGAGAAGCAGUGCUGAUUGUCAGGGUUCAACAUGUCAAUCCCUCCAAACUCCCGGUUGAGAGGAUGCGCUGUAUACUUUCCACAGCCCAUGAGUGAAAAUGACGAACGUGCAGUUCAAUUUUUGGAUGAACAUGUUUACUACUUCAAUUGCCGUGUACCGCAAGAACCUCUGGCUGAUAUUGAAUACAGGAACAGUAGCAGGGACUUAGACAUUUGCUGCCAUGUAUUUCGUUGGGAUGUCACCCCCUAUGAGCAGGUAUUUGAAAAUGGAUUCAGUGCAAGGCGUCAAGAAGGCACUUCAGACGACAUUUUCUUCAAUUUGGAUCACUAUGUACACCAUGGCGGUAGGCCUCUCAAUUCCACCAGGGCAACAACACAUGCGUUUUGAAGCACCACGAUUAGUAGUGGUUGGCAUCCUCAACUGCCCACCCCUGGGACUGAGCGUCAAGUGUAUCAUUACGAGAUUUAUGCUCAUGGUGGCAUUUUGGUUAGAGAUACUCUUCGUGAUUGUUAUCAAUAUCGUUCACAAGACGAAGUUUGCUUUGUUGCUGGCAUCGCUCCUCAAUACAUUCGCUCUGCUCAAUUAUUGAGGCUUGUCCGUAAUAACAGUUGAUUGUGUGAACAUUCCACUUCUUAAAAUGAGGCGCGCGGCCAUCAGGCCGCUUUUUGGUGGAGUUCACGACGAUGGUAAAGUUCGAAACUCCAACCACCUCACCCAAGCACUUAAGGUUUGGGAUCGAAUCAUUGGGCCACAAGGUCCGGUUCUUGGUAAUUUUUUGAUUGUUAUAACUUUAUCUGUUGAAGAAUAUUAUUGGUGUGAAUUUUGUUAAUUUUUAUAAUCUAUUAGAUAUUUUAUACCUUUUUGUAACUAGGUUUAGCUUUUUUGCUAUUUGUUCCUACGUUUCUGGCAAAAAAAGAAAAAAAAAAAAAACUUGUUUGCUACUAGUUGCUAUCUAUGAUAACAUUGGGAAGCUAUUAUUCUCACCCAAACAUAACCGAAGUCGUAAUAGGC